AAUGACAGUUUCACCUCCAAGUCACCGUCAUGCUCAGCAUUCAAACUUAUCCAGUGUCGCUGUCAAACCUGCAGAUGUGGAGCUUACCAUAACAAAAGAACCCACGCCAGAAAGGUGGGACCUUCUCCAAAUCAGCACAAGCCUUCAGCUCAGCCCUCAGUGCCCCUUACUAAUGCAGAAUUUUCUACAACCCAGCAUGAGGCCCCCACGCUGCCUUCACAGCCACCUGAGGAGGUUGAACCUUUGCCAGUUCAACAGGAGGCUUCAGCCCAGUCUCCAGAAGCCGGUGCACAGAAUAAACCUUCAGUACAAGAGGAGACCCCAGCUCAGUAUCCAGAGCAUCCUGGAGAAGAAGUUACACCUGCCACAACCCAGCAGGAGACUCCAGAUCAGCAUGCACAGGCUCCUGAGGUUGUACCUUCUCCACCUCAGCAGGAAGCCUCAGCUCAGCAUCCACAGUCUCCUGGUGAGGUUGAAUCCUCUUCAACUCAGUCUCCAGAGCUCUCUAAUGUGACUGUAGUUUUCUCUCCAGAGCAUCAUGUGACAACAGUUUCUCCUGUAGGUCAGGAUCAAGCUCAGCUUCUGCAGCGGCCCGAUGUCACUGUUAAACCUGUGGAUCUUGCACUUACCGUAACUCCAGCGUUCACUAAUGAGGUUGAAACUUCUCCACCCCAACAAGAAAACUCGGCUCAGUCUACAGUGUCCCCUGAGCAGUUGGAACCUUUGUCAGUCCAGCAAGAGGUUUCAGAUCAGCAUCCAACCCCCACUGAAAAUGUUGAACCUUUUCCAGUUCAGCAGGGAGCCCCAACUCAACCAACAUACCCCGAGGUGACAUUUCCAAAUCCAGAGCAAGUUCAGGCUCAGCAUCCAACCUUGACUGAGGUCACAAUUCAACCUUUGGACCUUGAACAGACCAUAAGGCCCGAACCCACUAAGGAGGAUGAACCUUCUCCAACCAUGCAGGAGACCUUAACCCAGCCUCCAGAACCACCUAAGGAGGUUUUUGUAGCUCAGCCUCCAGUAUACCAGAACCCAAUAGAUCCAGCACCAGAUCAGGAUCACACUGAGCCUCCAACAUCACCCAGUGUCAGAGUUCAACUUUUAGACCAGGGGCUUACCACAACUCCAGAACCUACUAUGGAGGCGGAACAUUCCACACCCCUGCCGGAGACUAUAGUUCCUCCAACAUACCCCGAGGUGACACUUCCAAAUCCAGAGCAAGUUCAGGCUCAGCAUCCAACCUUGACUGAGGUCACAGUUCAACCUUUGGACCCGGAACUUACGUUAACUCUGGAAUCCAAUAUGGAGGAUGAACCUUCUCCAACUAUGCAGCAGACCCAAGCUCAGCCUCCAGAGCUCAUUAAGGCAGUUGCAGCUCAGUCUCCAUUGUAUCCCGAGGUGACAGUUCCAGCACCAGAUCAGGAUCAUGCUGAGCAUCCAACCUCACGCAGUAUCACAGUUAAACCUUUGGACCUGGAGCUUACCACAACUCCAGAACCUACUACAGAGUCUGACCAUUCUACAGCCCUGCAGCAGACUACAGCUCCCCCUCCAGAACACCCUCAGGUGACACUUGCACAGCCAAACCUGACUCAAGUCACAGUUCCACCUGUGGACCUGGGAGUUAACAUAUCUCAGCAACCAAGGCCAUCUGAGACAGUCCUUUUUCCUUCCACUCAGUAUUCAGUAUCCCCUGGUCUUCCUGGUGUAAAAUAUACCCCAGAAAAGAAGCAGCCAGAACAGAAUGCCACCACAAACAUCAGCAUAUGUGAGCUCUGUACCUGCAAAAAUGAGACACUGUCGUGUGUUGGUCUCAGCCCAAAGCAGAAGCUCCACAGAGUGCCUGAGCCAGAGCCUAACGCCUACAACGGCACCUUCACCAUCAUAAAUUUCCAAGGAAACUCUAUUUCUUACAUUGCUGAAAGUAUGUGGAAGGCAUACCGCUGGGCUAAGAAGCUGUGA